GAGUCACCUGUGGCUUGCCAGUCAAUCAUCAUGGCCGCAUCUGAGGCCCAAAACUUUGUGCAAUAUGUGAAUCGGUCGCUGGACGAGGAGGAGAGCUUCCACUUCCUACGCUUCGAGUUCCUCCAACGAUUGAAUCUUAGUCAUUUCCACGUCAAGCUAGCCCGUAUCAAAAGCCGAAUUCAAAAGCAGGAAGAGUGCUCCGAAGAUGAACUAGAGACCCUGCAGGGCCUCCUGAAAGACUAUGCAACCGCAAUACGCGACUACCGCUACCUCCGAUCAUGCCGACCGGUCCCCCGAGCCGAGAUGCGGCUGCGCAAGGCGCUCCUACAGCGCUACUUCCAGUCGGACGACGACUUCCAAGACCCCUUCCACAGCCACUACUGCUUCUUCGAGGACGAGAAGUCCCAAGUCGAUCCACUACGAGCAACACUGAUGCAACGCCUACCCGUGGCGCUCACCUACUCGUCCGAGGAGCGGCGGCAGCGGCCGCGCGAGUACGAGGAGGGCAAGGCGCCCCUGCUGGCGUCGGCCUUUGUCGACCGCUCCGUCCGCUUCAUCACCGCCAUGACGGGCGGCGUGUUCCUCGUCGGGCCCAUGCUGAUCAUGUCGCUCCACCCGUCGCAGACCAAGAGCCUGCUCACCGUCUCGGUUGCCCUGGUGGUGUUCUCGCUGGUGCUCUCGUUUGGGAUCCGCGUGUCUAAUGUUGAGACCCUCGUGGCUACGGCGACUUAUGCUGCUGUGCUGGUUGUGUUUGUUGGGACGAGCUCGGCGGGCGUGGGGAGUUAGGAUAGGGGAUUGAAUGGGUUGGCAACUUUAUUUCUUUUCGGUAGCCCAGGGGGGAUAUAUAUAUAUAUAUAUAGGUAAUCAUAAUAGCAAGCAAGACCUGACAACAUGCUGGUUAAAAAGAGUAGGUCUCCAAAACUUGGGAUACCUUUUGCCCUAGGCUUUUAAAUAGUCAGAACUCUAG